GGAGAGAAUGUCAUAGUAUCAUUAAGCUGCGGAAUGCUUUCGUCACACCAACCAUUUCGCCCCCACGAACAUAAUGGGUUGCACUACACGAACGUACAACCAUCUGCUGUAGCCAUCGACCGAUUUAAGGCUUCGAAGGGCCAUCACCUUGAUGUGAUACAAGAAACGAAGGAGAUAAAUAGCUGAUCAGUCCGGAACUUGAAGACAUGCUCUGGUGUCAAAGCCAACUUCCUUUUGCAACUCUAAGUCUCUUCGUAUUAGAAAUUCCUGACAUCUUUUCUACCCUGACUUCGAGAAGACUCUUCUCGACUCAACAAUUUAGUGUGAAAAUGUUUUUCAAAAAGAUAGCCAUCACCCUCGUAGCCCUCAUCUUCGGGCUGACUACUGCUAUCCCCGUAUCCACAGGUAUGAUUUUAAGUCCUAUCUUGUUCGGCGUCCGGACUAACAAAGUGGCUACAGUGGAAUGCAACCCUACCGCCGAUGAGCCUGUUGCUGACUCGCCGGAUGGCUGCGACGCAAGAAGGUUCUUCUGAUUUGAGGAGGAACGGCUCCAAAGGGAUGAUUGAUGAGUUGUGGGAGAUGGAAUAACAAGAACAGUACCCUGUAUUCGGAAGCUACAGAUAUGGAUAGCUAUCAGAGGGUUUGUGAGGUAGAGAUUAAACCAAUAGGCUUCCUUAAUGAAAGCAUCCGGAUAAUUUUGGCCCCAUUUGGUGCUUCCUAUUUUAUAUGUGACUUAGAAUGGUAGCUCAUAGGAUGAUGUCCAGCUCUGCUAGUGUUCUAUGAAGAUGUUUGAGGUAGUCUGGGUUGAUCUCGGACGGUAUCAGCAUCGUCUCCUGCUUCAUGAUUGCCAAUGCGAC